CUCUGGGACUUCUGCUUCAUGUCAUUUGGCUUUUGAGCACCUUAUUUCCAGCUGAUACAGAGCAUUCAUUGAACAUUCCAAGGAAAAUUACGGGAAGGUCUCGUGUUUCAUGCAGAAGAAGGUGAUUGUGAUUGUGAUGGUGAAGGAUCAUUUCUCCACUCUCAUCUCUAGAGGUCCUUGAGUUCAUUGAGGUCUUGCAAAUAAUAUAGAAGGGGGAUUUGGACUACAUGAGAACACACUACUUUUUGCAGGAGAGGCCUCCUAAAGACCAAUGGAUGCUGUUACAAGUAGAACUUUGAAGAGAAAGUUUGAUGAAGUGGCUGGAGGGUCUCCUUUGUCCACUCCUAAGGACUCUGAUGAUGAAAUCUCGAGCAGUGAUAGUGCAGACAGCUGUGACAGCAUCAACCCACCAACUACCACAGAAUUCAUCCCAACCUCAAUCUUAAAACAGCAGAAGCAACUGAGAAGGAAGAAUGUUCGUUUUGACCAAGUGACCGUGUACUACUUUGCUCGGCGCCAAGGCUUCACCAGUGUGCCCAGUCAAGGAGGCAGUUCCCUAGGUAUGGCACAGCGCCAUAACUCUGUUCGUCGCUACACACUGUGUGAGUUUGCAAAGGAACAAGAGAUAAACCACAGAGAGAUUCUGCGUGAACAUCUGCGGGAAGAGAAGCUGCAUGCUAGGAAAAUGAAGUUAACUAAGAAUGGCACAGUAGAAUCUGAGGAGGCAGAAGGCUUAACACUCGAGGAUGUUUCUGAUGAUGACAUUGAUGUCGACAGUGUGGAAGUUGAUGACUACUUCUUUCUGCAACCUUUACCAACAAAGAGACGCCGGGCCCUCCUGAGAGCAUCGGGUGUUAACCGGAUAGAUGCUGAGGAGAAGCAAGAGCUGCGUGCAAUUCGACUGUCACGAGAGGAGUGUGGUUGUGACUGUAGGCUCUACUGUGAUCCUGAUGUUUGUACCUGUAGUCAAGCAGGAAUUAAAUGCCAGGUGGAUCGGAUGUCGUUUCCCUGUGGCUGCUCCAGAGAUGGUUGUGCCAAUACUGUUGGUCGAAUUGAAUUCAACCCCAUUCGUGUUAGGACUCAUUACCUGCAUACCAUCAUGAAACUGGAUGCAGAGAGCAAGCAGCGACAACAGCAGCAUCAGCACAGACCAGAGGGCCCUCCUCUAAACCUUUCUAGGGACCUUUCCUGUGAGCACAUUGUGGAAACUCAGGAUUAUCAUGAAUUCAUUGCAGAGAACUGCCAUUUGGAAAAUGAAACUGCUGUUAUGCAUUUGCAGACUGCUGAGGAACUGGAGCGAAUGAAGGAGGAAGAGGCUGAAUCCACUGGUUCUCUUGCCAGUCUAGACUCUAGUGUUGAGAGCCUUGGUGUCUGUAUACUGGAGGAUCCCCUUGCUGUUACUGAUGGAGUUUGCGGAGUCUCUGCCUCACCUGUAUUAAUUCAAGCUGAACUUCCAGCUGGAUCAUCUGUACUGUGUUUCACAGACAGUCCUGUUCAGGGUAGCUCCUGUGUAGAUGGUCAGUCUUUCCUGAAUGGUGGUUCUGUUGUAUAUUAUCAGAUAGACCAAGCCUCAGUCCUGAGUAUUAAAGAUGAGGCUAGUACUGCUGCAACAGAAGUACCAUCAGCAUACAAGGAUAGUGGAGUAGACCUUAUUACAUUUACGGGCAGCUCUGUGGCUCACUGUAACACAGUGAUAGGUGAGGGAACUUCAAACAAACUGGAAGCUAAUGGAGAAAGUUCACCACUAGGUUUAUCCUCUGAACAGAACACAUUUGUAGAGGUCAGGAGUAUUCCAGGUGAAAACCCAGAUAAUGUUAAACCUACUUCUCAGCUGCGUGAUCUGAAGAUUUGCACAAAUGCUCAUAACAGCUGCUUGAAGAAUGCAGAAUGCAUGUCUGCACAGACUACAAAUAAAGCGUACAUACUGUCUGAUGAUCAGUCCCUUCUUAAGGAAACAAUUAAAAGGAAUGCACUCUAAUGAUAUUUUUGCAGAUGUUUGCACACACACACACGCAUACACACAAACUUACAAGUUCUUUCCUUGUAUUUUAUUUAUUUUUAUUCUUUUCAGAUUUUUUUCAUCAGCAAAAAGUUGUUUUGGUUUAAGGUUGUUCCAUUGCAACAUUUUUAGGGGGCUGUUCUUAAUAUGCAAGUGUAAUGUACGUUUCAGAAUGAAGUAUGUUAACCUCAUAAUGGUGUAUUCCUUUUGCAGGAGUGGUUAGCACUACAUUUCUUAUUUGAAACCUUGUACCUUUCGCCAACAAGCCAAAGGUCUAAGGCAUCUAAUUGUACUGUCGCAGACCAAACGCAUUACCUCAUGCAGAUAGUGUUGGCUGACUUGGACAGUAUUCAGCCAUUUGUUGCUUGUAUAAAAAGUGAUUUUUGGAUGGGGUCCUGGUCAAGCAGCAGCACUUGACAACAUACAUUGAUUCAAGCAAGCAAUUUUCUGAGAUUAGAAGGUUGGGGGCUUCAACCCAGGGAGACCAGUGUUUCCCUUUAUCAGCCUCUGUGGAGUGAUUGCCCUCCAUUGGUCUUUGAUUUGCAGCUGUCUCUUCAGAACGAUUGUAAAAUCUGUUUCUGUUCGUUCUGUUUGUCUUCUUGGGCAUUAUGUGUGCUUAGCUUCAGAGAUGUUGGAAAAAAAAUGCACUUCCGUACAUCAAAGCACUGGUAGAUGCCAUACAGCCAAAGAGAAGAGGUGUUGGGUAGCCUGACAGUGGUCCCUGUGCUUAGGUGGUCAUGCAGUGGCUACUGGUCCUGGCUGGGAACCUGCCCGAUUUCCAUCCAGAUGUCAUGUGGGGGAAUACUGCUUUAAUCAAACUAGGAAAAUUGGUCGGGGUGAAGGAGAGAAAGCACAAUGUGCUCUGUUUUGGGAGAUGCUGUAGUACCCUGUAUACAGCUAGUUACUUUAGAACUAUAAAAAAGGUAUUUAAGUUAGCAGUGUAAUUAAGAACUGGAGAAGAGUUGUAUUGUAACCACAUUGUUUUCAUCAUGGACUUUUAUCUAAAUGAUCACUUUUUAUUAUUUGUUAGUUAGAUCUUAAAAUUUGUUUUCAACACUGUCCAUCUAGAUUGGUGCUUGGGUCAUCUAUGGACCUAUUUUGUUUAUUUUCUACAUAUGUAUACUUGCUAAAGUACACAGCUGAUAAGUUAAAUGUGCUGUUUGCAUAUACUGUGAAUUAACCAUGUAUCGAAGCUUUGACUGAAUCAGCUGAAGAAGGAAGACACUCUUCCCUUCCAUCCUUCCCACCCGCUGAACAGGAUUUGCACCACAUCAUGUUGUAGCUUGACUAAUUUUGUGGCUAUUUGAAUUUUGUCUGCUUGACUGUAAACAUACAUGUAAAAAGGUUUUUUUAAUAUUUUAAGAGAAAAAAAAUUGCUUGCUUAUAGUGUUAAUGUAAUAGACCGCACUGGUUGCAGACUGGAGUAUGCAUUCAUUUUUACAGUGCCCAUAAGUUUGCAACAAAGUAAAUGUACAUCUAUAUACAUGUUAAUAGACCCAACCCUUCCCUUUGUACUUACUGGUUUCAAGUGAAUUUGUACUGUGGUGAAAAUUUAAGUUUUCAGGAUCCCCUGGUCUCACACAGAGUUAACUAGUUUUGUUAUAAAACUGUUUACAGAAAAUGAAAAAUAUGUAUUUUUAAUGACUCAGUUAAUGUACCUUGAAAUUCUUAAUUUGCUGUGACAUCCCAUUGAGUGUUCUAGAACUAUUGUGGCAUCACAAUAAGUGGCUGAGUCUUGAGGAUGGGGAGGUGUCUGCGGUGUGGCAUUUUGCGAGCAGAGUUCUGGUACACCACAUGUAAAGCUACUGAAACAGUUACUUCUCUAACUGGAAAAAAUUACAGUGAAAAAUCUGAUCUGUAAUAGGAUUUAUGUGAUUUCCGAGGCAUACUUUUUUUUUCACUGAAUUGUGAAAUUAAUUUUAGCAUAAACUAAACAGUAGCCCACAGAUCAUAUGAUAUGUGAAACAUUUUGUAAAUUUUAGAAGAUGAAAGCCUAAGCUACUGAAAAAACAUGCAGUUGUAAAGUUGAACUGCUGUUUACAGACUACCCAUCUGCUUAGCUGGGGUCAGAUUGCAGUGAUCAGCAGAUAAUUACAGAUUUCAAAAAUUCCACAGUAGUGUGUGAAAAAACAGAAGUCUGUUAAAAGUGCAACUUA